GAGUGAGGUUUGAUGCUGCAUUACACCAAGAGAAUAUAUCAUAGAAAGGCCAACAAAAACCUACUGAAUAAGCUUUGUUGACCUGGCCUUUUGUCUCUUCUUCAUCAGCUCUUUACCCAUAUAGUUUAUUCCUGCGUUGUCACUUGCAAAUAAUUCAUAUUUUACUUAAUAAACAAAUCAAGAAUUGUUCAAAUGCUGAUGUCAAUCUCCGUGGCUUCAAACUUUCUCACUCUUAUCAUUGAUCAAACCUCUCUGUCUGUCCUCCUUGUCAUUGAAUCUGUGUCUCUUGGGUCUUUCUUCCCCUACCUUCCAUGGAAUCCAUGGCCAUGGGCCAGGAAGCUAGAAGACUCACAGAUGAAUAUGAAGUUUCAGACGUUCUGGGUAGAGGAGGAUUUUCAGUUGUGAGAAGAGGGAUAAGAAAAUCAAGUAAUGGGGGAAAUACCCAUGUAGCAAUCAAGACUCUGAAGAGAUUUGGACCAUCAAAUCAAUCAGGAAAUCCAAGAAAAUCAAUGGGUUUUUCAAUGUGGAAACAAGUUUCAGUUUCAGAUGCUUUGUUGACUAAUGAAAUUCUGGUUAUGAGGAAAAUAGUUGAAGAGGUUAGUCCCAAUGAUUAUGUCAUCCAACUGUUUGAUGUAUUUGAUGAUCCAACUGGGGUUCACUUAAUCCUUGAGCUUUGUUCUGGGGGUGAGCUUUUUGAUCGGAUUGUGGCUCAAGAGAGGUACUCAGAAGCUGGGGCUGCAGCUGUGGUUCGGCAAAUAGCUGGUGGACUUGGUGCUCUUCACCGGGCCAAUAUUGUUCACAGGGACUUGAAGCCUGAGAACUGUCUUUUCCUGAACAAAACUGAGAAUUCUCCAUUGAAAAUCAUGGACUUUGGACUGAGUUCUGUGGAGGAGUUCACCGAUCCUGUUGUGGGGUUGUUUGGUUCCAUUGAUUAUGUCUCGCCUGAGGCUCUUUCUCAAGGAAGGAUUUCUUCCAAAAGUGAUAUGUGGUCACUGGGUGUCAUCUUGUAUAUUCUCCUCUCCGGGUACCCACCAUUCAUCGCCCAGUCAAAUCGGCAAAAGCAACAAAUGAUAAUGGCUGGAGACUUCAGCUUCUAUGAAAAAACAUGGAAAAACAUUUCUUACUCAGCCAAGCAAUUAAUCUCCGGUCUCCUGACAGUUGAUCCUCACAGAAGACCAAGUGCUGAAGAGAUUCUUCAACAUCCGUGGGUCAUUGGAGAUUCGGCAAAGGGAGAACAAAUAGAUGCUGAGAUUGUCUCACGAUUGAAGAGCUUCAAUGCACGGAGCAAAUUACGUGCUGCUGCAUUAGCUAGCUUGUGUUGCAGUGCCUUCUUUUCGAGGACAAGGAAUUUGAAGAACUUAGUUGGUGGAUAUGACCUUAAACCAGAGGAGCUAGAGAAUCUCAGUAUGCAUUUCAAGAAAAUAUGUGCAGAUGGAGAAAAUGCUACUCUAUCUGAAUUUGAGGAGGUGCUCAAAGCCAUGAACAUGUCAUCAUUGAUCCCUCUAGCAUCCCGCAUCUUCGAUAUGUUUGACAACAACCGGGAUGGGACUGUUGACAUGAGAGAGAUCCUCUGUGGCUUCUCCAGCCUCAAGAAUUCGCAAGGCGAUGAUGCACUCCGUAUGUGCUUCCAGAUGUACGAUACAGACCGGUCUGGUUGCAUCAGUAAGGAGGAAGUAGCAUCCAUGCUCAGUGCCUUGCCUGAUGAGUAUCUUCCGAUGGAUAUAACAGAGCCAGGGAAAUUGGAUGAAAUAUUUGACAGAAUGGAUGCCAACAGUGAUGGAAAAGUUACCUUUGAUGAGUUUAAAGCAGCCAUGCUAAGGGAUAGCUCUCUCAAAGAUGUUGUCCUUUCCUCUCUUCGUUCAAAGUAGUUUGGUGUUAUCUCUCACCUCUUCCUUCUCCUAGCUCGGAUUUCAGGAGCAGGAACCGAGAAGGUAUCAACAACAACUGAUUUUAUUACGGAAUGUAGCAUUUGGUAGGCCUCAUACAAUAACUGCCCUAGCUCAGCCAUAUGUUUCGUUUCAUUUCUUUUGGUACACCUAUGAAGUCAGCUCUAAUCACUUACUGGCUUUUUUUCAAACUUUUUUUGAACAUUCUUGUUUUAGGCAGGCAACAAUAGGAAAUCUGUGACCAGAUCAGCAGGGCAGAACUUUUUUACAGUAUUAACUGACAAGUCACAAUUGUUUCACCAUUUUUCUUUAUGAUUUUGCAACCAUUUUUGUUUCUUGGAGUUUACAGUUUUA